UACGCAUGCGCAGACUCCCCGCAUUCUCUCCUUCCGCUCUGCCGUGACUGUGCACGUACUGCGCACUCUCCGUGAUCUUUGAUAGCUGCGUAUUGUGUGUCUUUGUGUUCUCUCCUCCGGUAAGAUGGCGGAUCCGCGGCUCAGGCAAAUAAAGAUCAAGACUGGCGUGGUGAAGCGAUUGUAUAAAGAUAAAGUUAUGUAUGAAAAAGAAGCCAAACAGCAAGAAGAAAAGGUAGAACGGAUGAAGACUGCAGGAGAAGAUGAAUACGUCCUUAAAAAGCAGAAUGAAGUAUUGCAGGAAUCUCGUAUGAUGAUCCCAGACUGCAGCCGUAGGCUAGAAGCAGCAUCCACAGAUCUUGCACAAAUUCUAGAAAAUGAAAAAGAAUUGGAAGAGGCAGAAGAAUACAAAGAUGCUCGUUCCAUGCUGGACUCUGUGAAGUUAGAAGCCUGAAUACCCUUGAGAUCCCCAUUGUUAUGCCUUGAUACCAUUCCACUGUCCUAUCUGACAAUUGGGAAACUGAAUGCAAUUCUAUAAACUUGCAAAAAUAUAUAAGGACAUGUUAAGAUUCCAGUUCUGUAGCUUCAGGGUGUUGAGAAUAAAUGGCUUUACAUAAUAUAAUAUGAUAAGAUGCUGCAGUGUUCUUGCUGGUGUAGUGAGGGGACAAUUCUUUUCUUGCAGUGAAAGUUUUGCAUGAAACAAACCAUGCUUUCUAACAUCUUCUACACAAGAGGAACAUAUUGCCAGUGUUUAGGCUUGUACUGUAACUUUUUUCUUAAGUCCUUUGCCAGAGUUCUCUCAUUCUCGGGUAAACACUGCAUGAGGUUGUCCAUUGAUUUUGUAUUUAUUUUUUUGCCAUACAUGUCAUCCCUCUGUUUUAAUGAGCAUGUGUAUACAGUACUUUUCACAUAGCCUUGUAUUCCAAAAACAUAACAUAUUCAGAACUUUUAGGAAGGGUGUGAAAGGAGCUAAAAAAAAAAAAUGUUUUCAUCUCUGCACGUGAUCCAAUGAAUGAUUUUUCUUAGUCUGUUCCAAGUAUUUUCCCCUUCAGGUCUUUGAGCAGCAUCUGUAGUAAUUGUUGACUGAAGAUUGCAGGUAAAUUUGUAUGUCGCCCAAGCAAGAAGCAGCUAAAGAGCAGGUGGUACUCUGGGAUUAAUUUGUUAGAUAAAUGGAUCACCGGAAUGGGGCAAAAGAGUUAAGCUUAGGUUAAGUCCAUGCUGAAAAAAAAAAUCCAAAGGCUGACAUUAUUCAAAAAAUGGUACUCUUUUCUCCACCAUUAAUACUUAGUGUCAGACUCCUAACUAGUGUGCUGAAACUGGAACACCGCCACCUAUGCAACAGUUUUUUUCAGGUCGGUGUCUCAAGGAGCUCUGUAGCCAGUAGACAGCUUGACAGCCAAGCAACCAACAUUUUCAAAAGUCAGCAGUUGUAAGCAAGAUAUAAUUAUGAACUCUCCUUCCUCAAAUCCAACUACGUAUCUGGUCUGAAUUAGUUCUUUAGUAUUUAAAUGUUUUAAAAAAAAAUGUGAUGCAAUAAAAUUGAAGAUAUGUUUAGACAUUGUUCACUUUUAGCUGUGGCAUUUUCUUUUGGUCUUCUCUCUUUAGCAGUAUAACAUGUCGGCCAAGUCCCACUGUCAUCCCUCAUGCAAAUACCUUCUCUGCUGCCUGGAUUUGACUGUAAUCACAUUAUGUUUGUACUACAGUCAGUUCUCCAGCUCAGCAUUGCUGUACUCUUUGAAUCGGAGGUCCUCCUAAACAUUGCUUUUUAACAGCCUGUCUUUGAAGUACAAGUCUAGAAUCAUUUACUAAGAAAGCAGCCACAGAUAGUUAUUUAGGAACAUAUAAGUUCAUAUAGAUUACGUUUGUAAUACCUUCACCGUGUGUUGCAUUUGCUUGUGCUCAACAAACUUUGUUCAGUCUUUCUUAUGGGGCUACAGUGUGACCAUGUACAAUUCUACACUACCUGACUGAAUAAAAACUGUCAGCUUUAAACACGAUUAGGAAAUAAAAUAUUUGCCUACCUA